UGUGCCAAAAAGUGUGUGUUUAGUAAACAAAAUACGACAUGUCCGCCCAGCAAUGGAUUCACUGCAACCUGUGCAACGCCCAGAUGGCGAAUAAAGACACAAAGUUCUACCAUCUAUCCUGCCUGGACGUGCUGUGCCGCACGUGUAUGGGGAAAACAAACCGUGGCACUACCUGUCCCGUAUGCAACAACUCUCUGCGGCACUUUACCGAGCUGGGCAGUGCAAUGGGCAGGAAGGAAAAGAUGCUGUACCACUCGUUUCCGGUCGGGCUGUAUCAGAUGUCCUACCAAACGUUGCUCUUCCAGCACAAGCAACGCAAGCGCCUGGUCGAAUCAAUAUUGAAGACACGCGAAUCACUGAAGCGGCUGGAUGAGCUCGAGUCCGAAAUCAAAAGCCAAGUCGCGCAAACCCAACGAAAGUACGAGAAUCUGCGGAACCAUCGACGCAGUCUUCAAGAAAACAUGCGCCAAACGGUGAGCUCCGGUGGAGGCGAGAGUAGUAACGCUCCAGUAAGCUCCGUGUGCUCCCAGACAUUGGGAACGAUCCCGCAGCGAAGGAUGUCCACGCUCACUCCGUCGGUCUGUCCGCCGAACGUGAACUCCUGCCCACCUGAGCGAAGAUAUUCGGUCGAUUCCUUCAAUUUGGCAAACAGUGUGAAGAUGUCGCAGGCAAAGUCGACGAACAGUACGUUUAAUGUAUCAAACAUUACAAAGAUGUCGCAGGCAAGCUCACAGAAUGAUUCUGGCAUCAGUAUGAGCACAAUGUCCAGUACUUUUGGCAGCGGUGGAAGCUCGUUUUCUGCCAAGAAUACACCAGCGACUAUGGUUUCUCCGAUCAGAGCGCACCGAAUUCCCGCGAGACGCAUGUCGGUGGCAGCUGGUGUAGUCCAAAACUCUGCUACACCUCUUCCACCGCAGAGAAGAAAUUCAACGGCUACGUUUAAGCAGAUUCUGGGUGUACGAAGUCCACAAGAUAACAGCAGCAGCAGUACUGGUGAUACACGCUAAAGUUCUCUAUUCGGUGGAACGGCAGCGAAAACUGUUAUAGGUUCUUACAAACAAAAAUAAAUGAUACGAUCUAUAAUGCAAACAAACGUCGUGAUACGGCAAGAUGUAAGCAAGAAAUGCUCUCAUCCAAUCGCCAUAAACUACGGCAGAACUAUAAUCAUAAAAACGGAAGCUGACACUAAAGACCAUACAGGCGAACAUUGUGUCUAACGAGCAGCGAGAGAAAUUGGAAAGCAUGUCCGUAAUCGUUGUCUAUUGGCACUUACCAUCGGUUCCCAGUAGUCUCACACGGCCGUAAUGCAGAAAUGAGCAUCGUAUAAAAUAAUGGUAAGUUUUAAAUGGUCACGACAUACCGAUACAUCCAUUAAGCUGUACUGCACACACACACAAACACCACGUGUGCUAACUUCAUCCAAUCCAAUCAAGCCUUCAGGUAUUAAGACAUUCAAUUCAUGCGUUUGGGGAGGCGGUAGGGCCUACCAUUAAUAACAACCCAAGGUGCCUGCCAUCAAUUCUCUCUCAAUAGUAUGAUUAGAUUACCUUCUUUCAGUACCGUACAAAAGAACGCUCUUAACACUGGUACACACAUUGGCGGCAAAGAAACCGAAAAAAGUGGAUCAUAAACCACCACAGAAAAACCGGUACCCACAACC